CUUCUUCAAGCUUCUUCAAGCUUUUCUCUGAUUUCUUUGAUGGUAUCAGAGCCCUAGCAAAGGGUUCUGCCAUCACAGCUUCCGCAACAAUGGUGAAUCGCAACAAUCACAACAACAAUCAAGUUCCUCAGGUGGUUCUCGAUCCUUCACAGAACCCAGGAUCUCCGUAUUUCAUUCAUUCGAGUGAUAAUCCUUCUGCUACCAUGGUGAAUCCACCGUUGAAUGGCAAGAAUUACAACGCUUGGGCGAGGUCGAUGAAGCGUGCGCUCGUGGCGAAGAACAAGUUUCGUUUCGUCAAUGGCGAAAUUCCGGUGCCGACUGCAACUGAUGCGAACUUUGAGGCAUGGGAUCGAUGCAACAGUUUGAUACACUCUUGGAUCCUCAAUUCGGUAACAACUUCAAUUGCAAAUAGUAUAGUAUUUCUUGAAAAUGCUUGUGAUGCAUGGAGAGAUUUGAGAGAUCGGUUUACUCAAGGUGAUUUAGUGAGAAUUUCAGAAUUGCAUAGUGAGAUUAGUAAUCUGAAACAAAACUCAUUGUCAGUGAAUGAAUAUUACACAGAAUUGAAAAUUCUUUUGGAAGAAUUGGAGAAUUAUCGGCCAAUACCACAGUGUAGAUGUGCUGUUCCUUGUAGAUGUGAUGCAAUUGAGAAUGUAAAAUUGUUCAGAGAGCAAGAUAAUGCAAUCAGAUUUCUCUUAGGGCUGAACGAUAGUUUUGGAGUAGUGAAGUCUCAAAUUUUGAUGAGUUAUCCUCUUCCAUCUAUUGCUAAGGUAGUAUCCUUGGCAAUACAACAUGAGAGACAAACUGUUACAGAGGAAACAGGAGAUUCAUUAGCUAUAGUGAAUGCAGCAGAAGGGAAGAAGCCAUAUGGUAGAGGAACAUCUGCUAAUUCCAAUUACAAGAAUACUGGAAAAUUUUGCACUCAUUGCAAGAAGCCAGGGCACACUAUUGAAAUAUGUUACAGGUUACAUGGUUAUCCAACCACUUUUAACACCAGAUAUGGUGCACAGAGUUCUAGUCAUGUCAACAAUACUGGUAGAAGUUAUGAUUCUUCUGAUGAUCAAGAGGAUGAUGCUUAUUCACAGAGAGCUAUUGAGGAGCCUUUCACUGCUGACCAGUACAAGAGGAUAAUUGCCAUGAUACAGCAAGUUACUACAACUCCAAAGAAAGCACCAGAUAGUAACAAUGCUUCUGUGAAUCAUGUGAUAAAAUCCACUGCCUAUGAAGGAGAAACUACAAGACAUGGAUGUUCAAACCAAGAGGAAGAUUGGUUUGGGUAGUUUACAAGCAGAUGAACUUUACCAUCUAGUAGU